AUGCCUAAUGCAGUAGUUCAAGCUGACAAGACCUUUUAUUACAGCUCUUUUGGUGGAAAAUCAUCCAAACACUACAAGACUAGUAUCAUAUCAUCAAAGGCAGCACCUGUGCUCACUGAAUCACCCUUACUUCCACCACCAUCCAAGAAAUAUAGAAAUCAUGAAGGUGCAUGCAUCAGAAACCUGAAGGAGGGCAUACAAGAUACAAAUUCAGUCAAGGAUAUCAUUGACAAUAGUGCCUGUCCAUUGUGUGAUAAUGUUCUUCGCCAGUCCUUCCAUUCUGAACUCCUUACCCCCACUGCAAGGAAAGUGUUAAGAUAUUUAAUUCUACCAACUCAUAGUCAAAGCCUCAUGGAAUUUCCUAGUGUGGGACCGCGAGAAUUCAAAUUGAUCGAACAUGCGGUAGGAGAGACAGACCAAAUCAUGAGGAAACCCAGGCUUUCUUAUGACUACCAUGAACAUCUACUCAUCAUUGACAUGCCCAGCAUCCUGCACGAAAGGUUCUUUGAUCAUUUGAAGGAUGCCAUGGCUGCAUACUUUCUCUUCCUACCCUACGAUUGCGAGCUCAUCUCUCCCAUCCUCUCCAUGAACUAUUCACUAAAGCUGAGAGAUUGAACAGUUACACCUGAUCUCACCAUGACCCUCACUGUGAUGGAUGAAGCUCCAAAAGCAGUGCUUGUUCCAUCUGUAGGCAAAUGUGCCUUAUCUG